UGCUCCCUCCCAAGCUCCGGAGCUCUUCCCGAUGAUGUCACUUAAAGGAGGAACGACGGGUCCAGGUGCUGAUUGGUUCUCGCCCGAAUCACGAGACUGGAAAGAGCUGAAGGGAAAACAGGAGCCGGGUUUAGAAAGUGGGGAAAAUCGUUCGGAAUGAGCUGCCCAGUGAGUUUGUGCGGUGUCGACGAACAGCUGAUGGAAAAGCUUAAAAAAUUUCGCUUUCGCAAAGAAACCACGAAUGCUGCUCUGAUAAUGAAGAUUGAUCAGGAGCAACAUAUGGUGAUUCUGGACGAAGAGUAUGAGAAUAUUUCCCCAGAAGAACUCAAGAAUGAACUACCUGAGCAUCAACCCAGAUUUGUAGUCUACAGCUACAGAUAUAAACAUACUGAUGGAAGGAUCUCCUAUCCACUAUGCUUUAUAUUCUUUAGUCCUUGUGGUUGCAAGCCUGAACAGCAGAUGAUUUAUGCUGGUAGCAAAAUUGGGUUGGUGGACAUAGCAGAGUUUACCAAGGUGUUUGAAAUUAGGAAUACAGAAGACUUUAGCGAAGAAUGGCUCUGCAAAAAAUUGGGAUUUUUCCGUUAGAAUGUGCCUGACUUGUGUUUUGUUCUUUAUGAAUUAAUACCAUAAGCUUGAAUUUUAAUAUUUACUUCACAUAAACUGGAAAAUUAAAUGAUUUUUAUACAUCGUAUUUCAGCUGUAAUGGAUUUACGUACUGUGAAAAUGUUGAAUGCAGUUUCUCAAGAAAACUAACUAAGCGCUUCAUCAUUUUUGGUUUUUUUCGUGGUGCCAGAAAAAUAAAGACGACAGGGUCUGCUGGGACAUUUUGGAUAGAGCAGUCCUUUGACCUUGAAUCAAGCACAAUUCAAGCAGAGAGCAUCAAAAUUCUUCCUACUUAGUUAAGGAUCAUAAAUUAAUAUUUAGCCUUAACCCCCAGUUUGAUAUUUAACCUUACUUUUCCUUUUGCUCUUGAGUAGGAAAAACAAAUUAAAUGGUGGAUGAUUAUCCUUGAGUUCAGUAUGAAGGGGGUCUUUUGCACCGGACCUAUCCUAUACUGGAAGUAAUCCAAAUUUUUCUGCUGUUGCUCUAAAACUGAAGAAUGCUGCCUUUUUUCCCUGGCAUGACUUUGUAAAUAUCCUAUUAUUUUUGUCUUGGAAAUGUGUUUUGAUUCUACUUUUUAUAAAAUUUAUCAAUUUUGCAGGCAAAUUCUAUAUUAGCUGGUUUUCGAUGUCUGGCUCUUUUCACAGAGGUGAAUGAACAUUUGAGAAGCCCAAUUUAUCUGUAUAAUAACAUCUACAUAAAAUGACCAAAUGACAAUAGCAUUGAUAUCUUAUUUUUAAAUUGGGCUUUAUUUUAAAAGAAUAUCAUUAAGGAAUUUUGUUGGAAAAUAAAAUGUCCCUUCAGAACACGGGUCUAAUUCUGGAAAGUAUAAUUGAAAAUGUGAAGUCUGUUCUGGUUAACUUAGAUUAAAAUGCAUGCUACCAGAAACAAAAAUAAACACUUUUGACCUUAAA